AUGGGGGGUGGACCGCCGUGUUGCGAAAAACAUGUGGGCGAUCAGACAAACACAGAGUACCAUAAUUUAGAAGAGCUGGAGAGAAGAGAGAAAAUGAAUGUUCAAGGAAAAAACAAAAAGGGGAAUGCGCACUACAAUGAUAAGAAGGAAUACAUCGAGAAGGUAAAGCGCCUGAAGGAGAAGAAAUAUUUUGGAAGUAAAACGAUAGGAAAUAGGUAUAGCUAUAUAUACCUAAUAAACCAAAUAUUCGGAUCAGGACUUGUGUCAAUUCCAUAUGUGUUCAAAAGUUCAGGAUGGCUACCUUGUCUAAUCACAAACAUGUUCAUAUGCGUCUUAACCAUUUUUAACACCUUACUUUUUCUACGUGCGAUGACCAUGAUCCCGAAUAAUAUCCAUUUUAAUAAGAGAUACGAGUACAUCUCAACAGUUUGUUACUUCUUAGGGAAGAACAACAUAUUCUUUUGGCUGAUGCAGAUGUGUUACUACGCAAGUAUCCUAGCAAGCAACAUCAUAUCGAUAGUAAUAGUUUCCCACGCAAUGGAUUACAUAAUAAUAAAUGUCGUAGGUUAUACUGUAGGGUUUACUCUGUACCCUAAUUUUCAAAUAAACUACCUCAUAGACAUAAGCGAAAUAUACUACAGCAACAGUUAUGUGGUGUGCAUAACGGUGGGGUAUGUAAUCAAUGCGAUUAUAUCGAUUUAUUUUUCCCAAUCCAAUUUGGAAGACAACAUGAAGAUACAGUUAUUUUCUUUCCUAUUUCUGAUGAGCACCAUUGUUCAAAUGAUAUACUUAGCUGGACUUAAAAUAUAUCGAUACAACGCCAGUGGGGUCAUAAUGAAUAAGGGCAUAAAGAAAUACACCAAUAUAAAAUACCCAACCGCUUUUGGAGAUUUUAAUUUCAGACAGCUUCUCUCAUCAUACAUUUCUUCCUACUCAGCAGUGACAGUAAUUCCAUGUUGGGCAAACGAAAUGAAAUCAGACGUAAAAAUUAUCAAAACUGUUUGGGUCUCCAAUCUUUUCUGUUGUUUCGUUUACUAUAUAUUUGGGUACAUAUUAUGUACAGCCUACCCUGAGAUUCAUAGUGAUAAUAUAUUAUAUGACAUGUUGCAAAACCCUUUUAUAAACACAUAUAUGAAAAUCUGUAUAUACCUAUUUGACUUAUUAACCAUUGCCCCGGGAAUAUAUGUCUACUGCAUAGCUACUCGGUACAAUUUAAUCAAUAGUAAUAUUUGCUCUGAAAAAAUGGCUUUCAUUUUUGGAACCAUUUUCCCCUUUUUGAUUUCCUAUUUUUUUACCUCCAGGGCUAUUUUUGAAAAUAUCUUCACUUGGUCCAGCUUGAUUUUCUCCUAUGCCUGUAAUUUUAUCACUCCGUCUGUUAUAUAUCUCAUAGCUUGUAAGAACAUCCCCUACUCUGGGAAGAAUCCCCUACAUCAUAUUCUUGUACUCUAUGACCCGAAGGAGCACAAAAGGAAGAAGCCCAUUUAUGGUUUUUAUUACCCACGGGAUGCUGAUGGGGCGCAGAAAGAGAUGACUUCGAACUCCUACAAACUGUGCAGUGAAGACAAACCAAAGAGUUAUGCAGCAAAAAAUGAGGCAAGAAGCAUGUUGUAUACUCCCCCGAAUAACGUCCCGAAUGAAGCGCAAAAAGGCUUACUCCCGCUCCCGCAUAGCCAGACGAGCUACCCCCAUGUGGGGGGUAUAAACUAUAACGCUUCCAAUGUAGAGGGAACAUAUCGAAGAGAGAGCAACCCAAUAAGGGACAAUUCGGUGCAUUUAAGCACCCCCCCUAUGAAUGCCCCAUAUGGAACAGAUGCCAAAUCACCGAUGAUGUACACACAGCAAGAUGGAAAUAACCAAAUGGUCGCACCUCAAGGGCAGGGUCCUUACGAAUUCCUCCUUCCCGGCUCGGAGAAACCAAUGCGGAUAACCCCCAGGGACGAUUUCAUAGUGCCAAUAAAAGCACAAUCUGGAGAAAACGCAUCUAAAGUGGUAGACCACACACAUGUAACUACAAAAGGUACACAUAUCUUAACGGGUAGAGGGAUCCCCCCAGAUGUGGACGAACCGGUGCCGCAAAAUGAGCAGGGUUACCACAGCAAAGAAGACGACGAGAAAAGGAAUAAAAAUGCAUGCGAGUUGCACCGUCGAAGGAAAAACAAUACAGAGUUCUUCGAAUUGCGCAAGUGCAGCUCCCUCUUCAAUAUGAAGGCAAACAACAUAAAUAAGAACAACCCUAAGGCGAAGCAAAGGUUACCAAACAACGUUAGAAAGUCGAGGAAGCACAAAACGGUGAUCGGGUUUGAAAAUAAAAAUAAAAAAAACAAAAGACAUUCUAUAAAAAAUGAACAACAAGAAUACUCCGACUAUUCAGACAUCACCGAUAGUGAACUUUUAAAUGAUAAAUUAAUAGCAGACAUGUCCAGAGAUAUUUACAACGAUAUCAGAAUAAUCAAAAAUAAUUACGAAAGGGAUGAGUACUUGAUUAAACAUUCAGACAUGUUUGACUCCUUUUUGAAUUUGAAGCUGAUGCUGGCGGGUGUCUCGGACGGGAAAAACGCUUGCGAUAUGUGCGAUGUGCAGGACGUGUGUAAUGUGUGCUAUUUAUACAAUUUUGACAACCCUGGGAAGGGACUCUCGCUGGAGCUUAAUGCGCCGAAUGAAGGGGAUCCAACCCACUGCAGUUUAGAGGUAAGUCCCCACGCGUAUAUCUGUGAUGUUCAUAACGAGGGGAGGGAAGCGCUCCCUUGUACAGAUCUUCCAACUGGGGAGCAGCAAAUGUCAGAUUUGGAAGAGGGAGGACACUUGACGCAUGGUAAGCCCUUUCAAGGGAGGGCAAGAGCGGUGAAUUGUCAAGCAGAAGAAGAAGAGGGGGUAAAUGAUUCGUACCAACGAGUUGGAACAGCAACUACCCAUGUGGACACUAAACCAAGAGGAGAUAACCUCGGUGAGGAAGAAAUGAAAGAAGUACAAAUUGAUAUGCCCUCAAAUGAUACAUAUGAAGGAAAAUUAAGUAAUAAUUUAGAAAACCAUUUUCACGUAUUCAUUAGCGGAAUAAGUAAUAAAAAAAAUUUAACCUGGGCCUUUGAUGGAAAUAAAAAUGAAGCAAGACAAAAUACUUUUCCAAACAGUAACAUGCAUGUGAAUGUAUCUAACGUAGGAAAAUCUUUCCAUUCAAAUGAUUCUCUAAAUUCCUCCUUCAGAAAAUCCAAAAGUGAUAUUUAUUCUUAUUCCCUCAAUUUAUAUAAAAAUGGACAACAUGGCAUGGAAGAUUAUGAAGAUGCAAUAAAUGGCAUGAUACAUUUGAAGAAGUUACAUUCUCAGAGGAACUGCCCGAUGAGACAAAAAACAAAUGAAGAAAGUGCACCUUCUUUUUUGCAAACCGAAAGUGUCGAUAAUUAUGCAGGCUGCAAAAAAUUAUUAUCUUUUUCCAGUGACAAAAAGGUGCAUGUGCAUUUCGACCAAAUAAAUGAAUUGGAGGGAACCAAAGAAAACGGGGGAAAAAACGCAACUGAAGACUCACAAAAAAAUUUUGAAACAAAUGAGCAAAUAGCUGAUCCCCUGGGGAGUGCAAAUUACACCCAAGUGAAUGUUACAUCUCAGUACAGCAACAUGAACAAGUACGAAACAUUUCCCAAUUUAGCUCACAGCAGAAAAAGGAUUCCACCAGAAAAUGGUAAUCACGAGGGAUGUGCAGAUAAGGAGAACUGCCAAACAGAGGACAGAAUCUUGUACUGGCUAAAUUCGUUCAAUCGAAAAAGUAAAAUGUACAAAGAUGUGAAUACACUGUCCGUGCCGGACAAUGUGUACAAUGUGAUUCCAAAAAUUAACAAAGGAAAUGGACAGAGUAACCUCGAUGACACCAUAAACAACAUAUUCAACUAUUACAAGUACAACUUUUUGCUCUCCUUCAGUGAGAAGAAUAAGAAAAGAGGAACUUUUAGCAAAUAUAAACAUGCCAGAAAUGCUUACUGGGUACACAAGCAUCCUAUGAUGAUAAUGAACGGGGACACAGGAGGUGACCGUGAGCAUGACAGUCACUGUCGAAAUGACGGCUGCGAUAGGGUGUACGCGCAAAGCACUCAAAAGGGAAACACAAAUUUGUCCAACCACACAAAUGACGGCCUUGUCUCCUACAGCGACAAUAACGUGGAGGAAAAUAUGCAGAACAAAACGUUCGCCACAUCUAAUUCUAAGUUAAAUUAUUUGAAAAAUUUUAAUGCUGAUGAGAAGACGGAGCCAUUACUUACGGGUCAUCAGAAGGAAAACCAGUACGACGAAUUACCAACAAUUAAUUUGAUUUGUCCAGAGAAGCCAUUGCAUGGGUAUGAGGAUGCUUACCAGAUAGAUGACUAUGUGAAUGGAAAAAUUAAUGAAAAUAUUAUCCAUGUCUACCCCUCUAGGUAUCUACGAAUCAAGCAUGUAAAAAUGACUGAGCUGCUCCUAUUCCUUGCAGUGCUCCUGCUGAUCAUUUCAGUGUUGUAUGAUUUUUCUUACUAA